CAGCUGGGAGAGACACAUUGAUACAAGUCAGCUUCUGACUUUCUGCCGUUUACUCUCUCUCUCUCUCUCUUCAAAUUUCUAUAUUUCCCAUCCUACCCUCAGCUCCACUUUUAGCAAGAACUGAGCACCAGAAACCCCAUUUGCAUUUUGCAGCAAGGAAAAAUGGGAUUCUCUUUGUCAUCAACAGCAGCAAGUACUUGCAUUUUGUUCUUGUUCCUACUCUCUUGCACUUGCUUCACUUCAACAGAUGCUUAUGAUCCGCUUGAUCCUAAUGGGAAUAUCACAAUCAAAUGGGAUAUUAUAACCUGGACAUCAGAUGGUUAUGUUGCGGUUGUUACAAUGAACAACUUCCAACAAUAUCGUCAUAUCGCUGCACCUGGCUGGUCAUUAGGAUGGACAUGGGCCAAAAAGGAGGUAAUAUGGAGCAUGGUGGGGGGGCAGGCCACUGAACAAGGGGAUUGUUCAAAAUUUAAGGGAUCGAUUCCACAUUGCUGUAAAAAGGACCCCACAGUAGUAGAUUUACUUCCCGGAACACCUUACAAUAUGCAAUUCUCAAAUUGCUGCAAAGGUGGGGUACUUAGUUCAUGGGCACAAGAUCCAACCAAUGCAGUAGCAUCAUUUCAAGUCAGUGUUGGUAGAGCUGGAACAACAAAUAAAACUGUCAAAGUCCCCAAAAACUUCACUUUGAAAGCACCAGGACCAGGUUAUACAUGUGGGCCAGCAAAAAUUGUGAAACCCACUAAAUUCAUUCAACCAGAUAAAAGGAGGGUGACUCAAGCACUCAUGACAUGGAAUGUGACAUGCACGUAUUCACAAUUUCUAGCUCAGAAAACUCCCACUUGCUGUGUCUCCCUCUCAUCUUUUUAUAAUGAUACCAUCGUACCCUGCCCAACAUGUGCUUGUGGUUGCCAGAGUAACUCAUCUCGAUCAGGGAGCUGUAUAGAGGCAGAUACACCACAUUUAGCAUCGGUUGUUGCCGGUUCUGGAAAGAAUACACCUUUGGUUCAAUGCACUAGGCAUAUGUGCCCCGUCCGAAUACAUUGGCAUGUUAAGCUUAACUACAAAGAGUACUGGCGUGUGAAGGUCACUAUUACUAAUUUUAAUUACAAAAUGAACUAUUCUGAGUGGAACUUGGUUGCUCAACACCCGAACUUCGACAAUCUAACUCAGUUAUUCAGUUUCAACUACAAGUCAUUAACUCCUUAUGGUUCAAUAAAUGAUACAGCAUUGCUUUGGGGAGUGAAGUUCUAUAAUGAUUUUCUCAAUGAAGCUGGCCCUAGUGGUAAUGUUCAGUCAGAGCUACUCUUCCGAAAGGACAAAUCAACUUUUACUUUUGAGAAGGGCUGGGCUUUUCCUCGGAGGAUCUACUUCAAUGGUGACAACUGUGUUAUGCCCUCGCCUGAUGCUUAUCCAUGGUUACCUAAUGCUGGUUCUCGGCAAGAGGUUUCUUUGUUUGCUUUAGUGAUGGCCUCUUUGGUAGCUGUGGUAUUAUGUUUCGCACAGGCAUAAAGUUUCAACCUGUGCCACACUCAGCCUUGUGAUAGAAAGUUUUCUGCCAGACCAGUUUGGACUCAUUUGUGACUUGUGAUGUCAAUUUGAUAUUUGAAGCGAGUGAGAGGAUGACAUCCGGGGCCAAUACAGGAUUAGGUCACGUGCCCCAUGAUUUGUGUUACCAAGGAUUCAGCAUGUUUGUGGUAGACUUUGCUACUGUAUUAUUAUUUGUGUCUGCUGUACUUGUAAUGCAGUAAUGUGUGAAUCCUUAUCAUAGUUUAACUGUAAUUCUAAUGAAUAUAUAUAGCAACGUAUCACAUGAAAAUCACUUAAUCAUAUGUGGAUUUGAAAUGCUAA